AUGUCAACCAACAAGUACGAUCGUCAACUCCGCCUCUGGGGUGCCAAGGGCCAGAAGGCUCUUGGAGAGACCACCCUUGUCCUUUUUCGAGCCACGGCCGUCGGGACAGAGUCAGCCAAGAAUUUGGUGCUUCCAGGCAUCGGCCAUGUUUUGGUUGUCGAUGAUGCUGCUUCCGCUCAGAAAGAGUACUCCUCCAACUUUUUCCUGGUCAACCAAGACAAAAACCGGGCUCAGUUGUCGUGGGAACUUUUGCAAGAAUUGAAUCCAGACGUCCAGGGGUCCUUCCUGCAUGUUGCCGAAGGCUUGUCCACGGCUUGUGCCAAGCCUGAGUGGUGGACAAAUCUUUGGCAAACUGUGAAAACUCCAAAAAUUCUGGUGAUUGCAUCUGACCUGGAACCUGGCAUAUUGCAGAUGGUGGGGCAAGCUUGUGCUGCCAAGGGCGUACCUGUGAUUUCAGUUCAGGCGUACGGAAUGUUGGGCAUUUGCCGCCUCCAAACCCCACCUUUGCCCUUGAUGGAUCCUAAACCCGCCAACACAACCCCAGAUCUUCGCCUCGUACGACCCUUUCCGGGCCUUCAAAAUCUAGCGGACGGAAUCCUGUGGGAUGAGUUGAAAAGUCAUGAACAUAGCCAUGUGCCGUACCCGCUUAUUUUGGCCAAGGUAGCCAAGGAAUGGAAGUCGUCGCACGGCGGAGCAUUGCCCAAAACUCAUGCUGAAAAGCAAGAAUUUCGCGAUGCCAUCAAAGCGGCAAGCAGAGACAUUGGCAAGGAGGUCAAUUUUGAAGAGGCCAUGAAGAAUGCGUACACUGCUUACACCGAACGGAGCCUCGAUUUGGACCAUUUGGCCUCGCUUCGUGAUUCGGUCGAUGGCUUGGUGGCCACUCAACCAUCGCUCAAAACUUUUGGGGACCUCUUGCAUGCAUUGGACAAGUUCUUGAAAGAGCACGACAACCAACCGCCUCUCCAUGGGGCUAUUCCUGAUAUGACUGCCUCUACGGAGGGAUAUGUGACCUUGCAGAACGCCUACCGCGAUCAAGCCAAAGCUGAUCUAGCUGAAAUGCGACAGUAUUUGUCGUCUGGAGAUGUCUCUGAAGAAGAUCUUAGUACUUUCUGCCACAAUGUUCACUUGCUGGAAUUGUAUCAAACGCGCACUCUUGUAGAUGAAAUGGCCGCCAAAGUAACUGAGGAACUACAAGAAGACUGGAUGAUGGCCACCAUGGAUCCCUAUGAGGUUCCCGCAAUGACGCCUUUCCUGUGGUAUCUAGGCUUUCGCGCUUGUCAGGUCUUCCAUCAAGAACACUCGCGAUACCCGGGAGUGUUGGAUGCGUGGGAAGAGGACGUUUCUCUUCUUCAAGAAUGCGUUGUGAAGGUCGUCACCUCGCUGGGUCUACAAGAAAAUGAUUUGGUCAAAAGCACUCUUCUGGCCGCUGAUCCGCCCAAGUUUGCGCAAGAGUUGGCGCGCUACGGACAAGCAGAGAUUCACUCCAUCUCCAGCUUGAUUGGAGGGGUGGCGUCUCAAGAAGCCGUCAAGAUCAUCACUGGCCAGUAUGUGCCUCUGAACAAUACUUACGUCUACAACGGCAUCGUCUCUGUGGCUGCUGUCUAUCAAUGCUAA